AUUAAAGAUCAGGUGCAUAGGUCAAACCAUAGCCAUAGGUCAAACUACAGUUCAUGCGGCCUGAAAUCGAGGCUACUAGCCACAUGGAUCACCAAAGCAACAUGGAGUGCAGUGUGGAUAUUGGUGAAAUGUCCAACAAAAACUAUCAACCGCCCAAGAAGAAAAGGAGGGUCCAGACAUUAUCCCAUGACUUCACGCAAGAAGAUGAUGAUGAUGCCCAAAUCGUGCAACCACCGGUAGUCCUAGUGGAGGAGAGGUCUUCUCAGCUGGUGCCUGCCUCACCAUACCUGUGUGAUCUCAACGACACUCUCUCUGAAAACUUUCACUCGCCCGUUGAGAAACGUAAAUGUCCCACCCUCUCCACUUUUAACACCCCUCACCCCCUCACACCUCUCACUACAUCCAAACCAAAGGCAAAGGCAGUAGCACUCUCCACUAGGCCUCCAGCUAGACCUCUCAUCUCCCAGACAGUCAAACGAGCUUUGGAUUUUAGCAAAACCAAGCGAGAGCUAGAUAAAGAGUGGCUGGAGAAAAUUGUGGAUUCCAGAUGUGCACAACAAGACAUGCAUUGCCCUCCUUACACACCGCCUUCAUUGAACCUGUCUACUCUACUUGAGUCUAGAGCAGUGAUUCUACCUGACCAUCCCAACCAGACCAGUCGCCCCGAGGACAGACCCAACUUCAACCACCUGAGCAUUCUACGUUAUAUCCCUCGCGAAGAGUGAACAUUUGCAUAGUAUAGUAUCAUCUCAUAAUCCGUCAACACAAACUAACAUGUCCUGUCAAUAUUCAUUGUGAUUGUGGUAUUUUAACAAAGUGCAUUCCUAUCAAUUGAGUGUGUGGGUGUUUGUGUGGUCAA